ACAGACUCACACAGACUCCGUGUGAGUGGGCGUGUCUAAAUGCAUCAGGUGCUCCAGGAAAGCUGAAGUGUGUUCCUCAGGUUCUCAUCAGCCUGAUCUCUGAAACAGUUCCUGAUGUGUUGAACUCGAGGUGAAGCUCCUCUUUAUUUACACCGUGUUCACUCACUUCUCUCAUCCACUGUUCGUUUGUCUUCGUGACUUCAGCUUCGGUUAUUAGGAGUUCACCAGGUUUCAGGUCUGUUCUUCAGGAGCAGACACGGAGGAGCGGAGACCCGGUGGGUCGUUCUCACAGAGUGAAAGAAAGAUGUCUGGGUUCAAGUCUCUGGUUGUGUUGAUCCUCAACAUGUGGACUCUCACCACAGCAGAUGUUGAGGUCUCCUGCGUUUUAGCGGAGAGCUGCAUCUUACCCUGCAGUUUCCGGCCUGGUACAGACCCAGUCAUCCACUGGAUGAAGGUGGAACCAGGAAACACUCGUGUCCACUCCUACUACAGAGCCAGAGACCAGUUUGAUCACCAGAGCGAGCGCUUCAGAGGCCGGACAUCGCUGUUCACAGAGCAGAUCUCCAGAGGAAACGCCUCGAUCAGGCUGACGGGGCUGCAGCUCCAGGACCAGGGCAGAUACAAGUGCUACACCAGCACCAUCACUGGAGGCAACAAGGAGUCAGUUAUCAACCUGAGAGCAGAUGCUCCGGUGCGUCACGUGGACAUUGAGCAGGUGGAGAACAGCUUCACCUGCCGCUCAGAGGGGAUCUACCCCGAGCCGCAGCUCACCUGGUCCACCAGGCCUCCGUCCACCGUGACCCUUCAGAUCCAAACCUCAGUGAAGGAGACGGAGCAGCAGCUCUAUGAGAUCAGCAGCACACUGACACUGUCAGACAGAGACACUGUUCUGAUCUGCAGCCUCAGCACUCGCAGUGGCAGGAGGAGCGCGGUGUGGUAUCAACCCACUCCCGUCCAUGUGUCACCGAGUGGAACAACAAUCCACUGCACUGCUCCAAACACCAAACCCCCGACACACCUGGUGUGGAGGUUCAACCACAGGCAGAUCAUUGUGGACCAGACCGGGGUCGACGGCCCCCCCAGGGUCUCAGAGCAGUGGAGGCAGCAGGUGGAGGAUGUGUCAGCGUCAGGCAGCCUCACGCUGCACCACUUAUCUUCAGAUCACCAGGGAACGUUCACCUGUGAACUCAGUAGUGAAGAGGAGACGCAUUUCAUCAACAGCUACGUGACGAUAGAGGAAGGUUUUUCAGGUUCAGUUGCAGGAAUUGUGGUCGGAGUACUCGUUGUGUGUGUAGCAUUAGGAGCUGGAGCAGGAUUAUGCUACUUUAGAAGAAGACAAUGGAGGCUACAGAGAGGAAACCUUGAGUUCACCAGGUUUCAGGUCUGUUCUUCAGGAGCAGACACGGAGGAGCGGAGACCCGGUGGGUCGUUCUCACAGAGUGAAAGAAAGAUGUCUGGGUUCAAGUCUCUGGUUGUGUUGAUCCUCAACAUGUGGACUCUCACCACAGCAGAUGUUGAGGUCUCCUGCGUUUUAGCGGAGAGCUGCAUCUUACCCUGCAGUUUCCAGCCUGGUACAGACCCAGUCAUCCACUGGAUGCAGGAGGCAGGAGAGACUCGUGUCCACUCCUACUACAGAGCCAGAGACCAGUUUGAUCACCAGAGCGAGCGCUUCAGAGGCCGGACAUCGCUGUUCACAGAGCAGAUCUCCAGAGGAAACGCCUCGAUGAGGCUGACGGGGCUGCAGCUCCAGGACCAGGGCAGAUACCAGUGCUACACCAGCAUCAUCAAUGGAGACAAGGAGGAUUCAUUUAUCAACCUGAGAGCAGAUGCUCCGGUGCGUCACGUGGACAUUGAGCAGGUGGAGAACAGCUUCACCUGCCGCUCAGAGGGGAUCUACCCCGAGCCGCAGCUCACCUGGUCCACCAGGCCUCCGUCCACCGUGACCCUUCAGAUCCAAACCUCAGUGAAGGAGACGGAGCAGCAGCUCUAUGAGAUCAACAGCACACUGACACUGUCAGACAGAGACACUGUUCUGAUCUGCAGCCUCAGCACUCGCAGUGGCAGGAGGAGCGCGGUGUGGUAUCAACCCAGUACGUUUAAUCUGCUCUAUGGAACUGAACCUUUGCUUGUUUCACCGUACUGCUGCAUAUUUAUAUCUGCUCCUACAGAUAACUGACAUCUGAUGAUAGAA